UAAUAAUAAUAAAGAUAAUGAAUCUAAUAAAGAGAUGAACAAAGAUAGAAACGCUCCAUCGCGUUCAUCAGCACCGGUAGCCAGAAUUGCUCCCAUAACCAAUGAUGACAACAUGGAUGUCGUCUCAACAAACAAUGAACUAAUGACUGAUGACGACUCAAACUCUUCGACGACAAUUAUCGAUGAAGACGCAGAUUGUGUUGUUUGUAAUACAGAAUUCGGUGAAUUUAUAUUUUGCGGUUCGUGUCCACGAGUUUUUCAUCGAGAAUGUCACGUACCGGAGCUCAAGACAAUGCCUGAGACGGCUUUUAUUUGCACCUUUUGUAAAGAUAUACCUAAAACAGUGAACUCCGGCAGAACAAGAAGAUCAGGUCUUAAUGUCAGACAACAAAUGAUCUGCGAACGUAUUCUUAUAUCAUUGUUGUGCCACAAAUUGAGCGAACCGUUCAAACUUCCGCAAAACGACAAAACACCACAAAAUUUUAGUCUAUUUACUAUUAAGAAGAACUUAGAGAAUAAUGGCUACGAAAAUGAGAGACAAUUUAUUGAAGAUAUCGAUGCAAUGUUCACUUAUUUUAGGAAUAGAGGAGAUGUCCUCAAUAUUCCGAUAACAGACGCAGAUUUGGAUAAUUACAAGAAAUUUGAAAAAUAUUUUGACAAACAAAUCAACAAAUUAUUGCCAGCUUUUGCUAAAACUAUUGAUGGUUUGGUCGUCGUCGACAACAACAACACCAGUGAUGACAGUCAAAGUAGUAGUGUAUCUAAUAGUAAACGCAAUAAAUCCGGUUGUAUUUCAAUAUGAAAUACAUA